AUGUCUUAUCAACACCAUCACCCAUUGCGCGACCAAGGAAGCCGUCAACCCUCAUACGAAUCCGGUCUUGAUGCAUCCCCCACCCUAUAUCAUCCUCAAAUGUCUACCAACUCACAGCACACCCUCACCCAUCAAUCCUCAUUUCAAAUCCACGAUGAAAAAUCCUCCCUAACCUCUCACGCCCUCCCCAUGGCCGGCGCGGCCUAUCCGGGAGAUUACUACCCACCCACUGGGGGACCCGGCUACCCACCUGCCGGCAUGCCUGACUACAACGGUGGUAUGCCCGGCUAUCCACCGGCUUCGCCUUUUUCAGGAUCUAUGCCCAGCCCCGGAGGCGCCGGCUCGAUGGUCAGUGAUGACGAUUGGAGACGCCGUGCUAGACCUGUUCAGCGUGGUAUCACUCGCCGGGUGAAGCUUACACAGGGUAACUUCAUCAACGACUAUCCGGUUCCAAAGGCGGUUUCUAACUCCAUCGAACAAAAAUACCUCCAGCAAGCUGUUGGGAAGCAAUUCUCUCAUCUUCGUUACACAGCAGCUACUUGCGACCCGGAUGACUUCACUCCCGAAAACGGGUGGAAACUUAGGACUGCAACCACCGGCAAUGAAACCGAAUUACUCAUCGCAGUCACGUACUACAAUGAGGAUAAGGUGCUCUUUGCUCGUACCAUGCAUGGUGUGAUGUUGAACAUACGGGACAUUUGCAAAUCUAACUCCAAAUUUUGGAAUGGCAAAGGGGCCGAAGCUGGCCAAAAGGGUAGUGGAUGGCAGAAAAUUGUUGUUUGCUUGAUUUUUGACGGAAUUGGGCCAUGUGACAAAAAUGUGCUCGAUAUUCUUGCCACUGUUGGCGUUUAUCAGGAUGGACUGAUGAAAAAAGAAAUCGACGGCAAAGAGACCGUUGCUCACAUUUUUGAAUACACUACUCAGCUCUCGGUGGAUCACAAGCCGUCUCUAGUGGUACCUACUCAGGAUGGUGGCGACUCGAAGACGAACUUGGUUCCUGUUCAGAUGAUUUUCUGCCUGAAGCAGAAGAAUUCGAAGAAGAUCAAUUCUCAUCGAUGGCUGUUCAACGCGAUCGGCCGGCAACUUGAUCCCGAAGUCUGUAUUCUUAUUGACGCUGGUACCAAGCCAGGCAAGCGCUCAUUAUACUACUUAUGGCAAGCCUUUCACAACAACCGUAAUCUUGGUGGAGCCUGUGGUGAGAUUUACGCGAUGUUGAAGGGCGGCAAAAAGCUCAUCAACCCCCUUGUUGCCGCUCAAAACUUUGAGUACAAGAUGUCUAACAUUCUUGACAAGCCGUUGGAGUCUGCGUUUGGUUACGUCUCCGUGCUGCCUGGUGCUUUUUCGGCUUACCGAUUCCGGGCAUUGUCUGGACGACCCCUACAGCAAUAUUUUCACGGAGACCACACGCUAGCUGACCGGCUGGGCAAAAAGGGCCUGAACGGAAUGGGCAUCUUCACCAAGAACAUGUUUCUUGCAGAGGACCGAAUCUUGUGUUUUGAGCUGGCUGCAAAAGCCAACGAUGCGUGGCUUCUCAGCUAUGUUAGAGCAGCCAAGGGUGAAACCGAUGUCCCCGAACAAGCCGCCGAACUCAUCAGUCAACGUCGUCGUUGGCUCAACGGAAGUUUUGCUGCCUCCAUCUACGCCACCAUCCAUUUCUUCAGGUUUUACAAAUCGUCUCACAAUCCUAUUCGACUGUUAAUGUUUCACGUUCAAGCACUCUUCAACAUUUUUCAACUCAUUUUCACUUGGUUUUCAUUGGCCAACCUCUGGCUCACCUUCAGUAUCAUCAUUGAACUUUUACCUCAAAACGGAGUAUUUUUGUUCAAAAAUGAAGUUAUCACUCAUUGGGUCAACUUGGUUCUUCAGUGGCUAUACCUCGGCGCACUAGCUUUGCAAUUUGUUCUCGCUUUGGGAAAUCGCCCCAAAGGCGAGCAAACGACAUAUGUCAUAUGUUUUAUCAUCUUCGCGGUUUUAUCGUACUAUUUGUUCUUCUGUGCCCUGCUUUUGACUGUCCGGGCCUUCGGCUCGCUGACUUUCAAAGACUCCCCGACAAUCGUUGAUAAAUUUCAUGUGCUGAUUGGUGGUACUAACGGAGUACUUCUUGCUGCUUUGGUGUCAACAUAUGGAAUAUACCUAAUUGCUUCCUGUCUCUACGCCGACCCAUGGCACAUGCUGUCUUCGUUCCCGCAAUACAUGGGCCUUGCGCCAUCCUUCACCAACAUCCUGAAUGUCUAUGCUUUUUGCAAUUUGCAUGAUGUUUCAUGGGGUACCAAGGGCUCGGACAAAGUCGAUGCCUUGCCUUCAGUAAAGUCGUCCACCGAAAAGGCCGAUGGAGUUGGACCUACGGUCAAGGAUGUGGUUAGGACCGAGGAAGACUUGGACGCGAACUUCAAGGCGGUUGUUGGCCGUGCAAUCACUCCUUGGAGUAAUGUCGAAGUAGCAGAGAAGCCCACUGAGGACGACGGAAACAAAACCUUCCGCACACGCUUAGUGUCCGUAUGGAUGCUUUCAAACGCUGCCUUGUCAGUGGCUAUUGCAAAUGUAAACGGAUUGAACAAAUCCACCGCGGACGAGGAAAAGAAACAGUCGAUGUACUUCAAUAUCAUUCUUUGGUCAACUUUUGGUCUUUCGGCAGUUCGUUUUGUUGGCUCCACCUAUUUUUGGCUCAAGACCAACAUGACCCGGUGCUGCAAGAAGACAUAG